AAGGAAAGCUUCAUUUUCACAGUGCUAGAGAUCAGGGAAGGAUUCAAGCAAAUGUUUUGUUUUUCCCCACAGGGUAGGGAUGAUCUGAGGGAUAUCUGCUCCAAUCACUGCUGUUGGCCGGUACAGAAGGAGGGAACCUGCAGCUGGCUUUAUUAGAGAAGAAGACAGUAUCAGCGGUAGCUGGAGAGGGGCAGGAGACUACCAGCAGAGAGGGGUAGAAGGCUCUCUAAUAGAUUCUCUUGCUUAUCCCUGUUCCCACAUGCACUGCACAGUACUAAGCCUUCCUCUGACCAAAACUUUGUUUCCUGGAUUAUUACCAGAAAGCGGAAACAUGGAGAGUUUUUUUACAUUUCUGUUGGAGACAGACAAUUUCUCCUUUUAAUCCUGAACUUUAUUUACAGAUUAGAAACUCCAAUAUUCUCCAAUAUUAUUUUCACUAGUGAGAGAAAAAAAUGGAUGCAUUCAGAGCACUUGGAAAUGAGUCGCUGUUGUCUGGUUUCUCUGGUCCUGGCAGAUGGGAUCCCUUUCGUCGUCCCUUGGAUUCCAUCCAGCCCUGGCACUUCAGGCUUCUGGCAGCAGUAAUGCUGGUGGUGACCUCCCUAUCGCUUGCUGAGAACCUGGCUGUGAUCCUGGUAACUUUUAAGUUCAAGCAGUUGAGACAACCUGUCAAUUAUGUUAUAGUCAAUUUAUCUGUGGCUGAUUUUCUGGUCUCAUUGACUGGUGGCACCAUCAGCUUUUUAGCCAAUCUAAAAGGUUAUUUUUAUAUGGGAUACUGGGCUUGUGUACUGGAAGGAUUUGCGGUCACAUUUUUUGGUAUUGUUGCUCUCUGGUCUCUUGCGCUUUUGGCUUUUGAGCGGUACAUAGUGAUCUGCCGCCCACUGGGAAAUAUGCGCUUGAAGGGGAAGCAUGCUGCCUUAGGUAUUGCCUUUGUGUGGACCUUUUCCUUCAUUUGGACCAUCCCACCAACUAUGGGUUGGAGCAGCUACACCACCAGUAAGAUUGGAACUACUUGCGAGCCUAACUGGUAUUCAGGAGCUUAUACUGAUCAUACCUACAUUAUUGCAUUUUUCACCACCUGUUUUAUAGUGCCUUUAUUGGUAAUUUUGGUAUCCUAUGGAAAACUGAUGCAGAAGCUAAGAAAGGUGUCAGAUACUCAAUGCAGGCUGGGAACUACCAGGAAACCUGAAAGACAAGUGACUAGAAUGGUUGUUGUUAUGAUCAUUGCGUUUCUAAUCUGCUGGAUGCCAUAUGCUGCCUUUUCUAUCCUAGUCACUGCAUAUCCUUCCAUUGAAUUGGAUCCUCGUCUGGCAGCAAUUCCAGCUUUCUUUUCCAAAACAGCUACUGUUUAUAAUCCAAUUAUUUAUGUCUUUAUGAACAAACAGUUCAGGAGGUGUCUGGUUGAGAUGUUCAGCUGCAGUGCCAUAGAGACUGCUGAGUCCAACAUGAACCCGACUUCAGAGAGAGCAAUGCUAACCCAGGACAAAAGAGGCAGUGAGUUGUCUAUCAUGGCAGUAUGUAGCACCGUUUCUAAGAGGAAAACUGGAGAUGAACACACAAAUUGCCCUUCUUUUGCUCAGUUGGCAGCUUCAGAAAACAAAAUCUGGCCCAUGUAGGGAGUGAGAUGUGAUCAUUAAUGUAGUACUACUAUAUCAUGUUUCCUUGUUACCAUCACUUCAUAUAAAAAAUGUCAUGGCGGACAUUAUGCUCAGUUCUGUGGACACUGGCUUUGAGAUUCUGAGCUCCUGAGUGAAUGCAAGAGCUUCUUGGCUCUGCAGUUGCAAUCAAACGCCCAGCCAAAACGUUAGUCCCUUCCUCUAUUGUGUUAGUCCUCUAUUAUCCACUGCCUGCUUGCCCCUGGUAAUAAAACUAGAGAAGCCCAAUAUUUUCAUGCAGGCAUGUGGCAUAAUAAGGAUAAGAGUGUUUUACACUGACGACUGUGUAAAACACGACUGUGGCAGAAACAUGAAGUGGUACAGGGCUUCAACAUGUUAAUGGAAAAUGAAUAAUAUUUAGCAUACAACUGACUCAAGUUCAACCAAGUGGCGGUUCAGAGAGAGGCAGGCCUGUGUGUUUUUUGGUUUGUUUCAGAAUUUUUACUUAAAACAGACAAACAAAAAGCCUAAGGCUUCUGCACUUAUGUCUGUCCGUGGUGAAAACGUCAUCUGCAGCAAGUCAGGUGAGCUGUUAAGACUUCCAAGGACUAACUUAUUAAAAAAAAUUCCCAUCAAGAGUCAUUCAUAUCCUCCUUCUUCAUUCCCUCUUUGUCAGGAAAACUUCUGUGCCCAUAGCAACUUCUGAAAUCAACUCAACUUUAGCAGAGAAGGUAGGGUAUAGAAAACUGUGCAGAAAUACUGAAGAAAGGGUCAGUAGCACUACUUGAGUUCUGAAGCUGAGCUUUGUAAUACAGAAGUUUUUUACUGUAUGUCCUUGCAACGUGCAGAGCUAAGGUCUAUCAUAUUCUUGAGAUCAUGUAGCUCCAGGAGACAACUAUUAUUUCUGUUUUUUAAUCAUAGAAUGGUUUGAGUUGGAAAGGACCCUUAAAGAUUAUCUAGUUCAACCCCCUGCCUGGGCAGGGACAUCUCUCACUAGACCAGGUUGCUCAAAGCCCCAUCCAACCUGAACUCAAACACUUCUAGGGAUGGGGCGGGGCAUCCACAGCUUCUCUUGGCAACCUGUUUCAGUACCUCACUACCCUAGUAGUGCUCCACAGUGAGGAUAUUCUUCCUUGUAUCUAAUCUAAAUCUAUCCUCUUGCAGUUUAAAACCAUUGCCCCUAGUCCUAUCACUAUAGGCACUUGUAAAAUGUUUCCCUCCAUUUUCUUAUAAGCCUCCUUUAAGUAUUGCAAGGCUGCGAUAAGGCCAUCCUGGAACCUUCUCUUUUCUAGGUCUAACACUUCCAUGUUUCUCAGCCUUAAAGAAAAAGCUUUGUGCACAAACAAAGCAAAAGAAGGAAUUCAUUUACUACGUCCCAUUGGCAGGCAGGUGUUCAGCCAUCUACAGGAAAGCAAUGCCCAUCACAUAUAACAAUUUAUUAGGAAGACAAACACCAAAGACAAAUGCACCUCACCCCCGCUAAGACCCCAUUGUUCCUUCUUUACCCCAGUUUUCUUGUUCUUCAUGAAGCCAUGUAGUUUGGGAUAUCCCUUUGGACAGUUGGGGGCAGCUGUCCUGGCUCUGUCCCCUCCCUGCUCCUUGUGCACCCCCAGCCUCCUCACUGGCAGAGCGGUGGGAGAAGCUGAAAUGUCUGUGACUUACUGCUGGCACUGUUCAGGAACAGCCAACCUAUCAAUGUGUUAUCAACAUUAUUUUCACCACAAAUCCAAAACAUAUCAUCAUACAAGCCUCUACAAAACAAAAACAAAACACUAUCCCAGCCAAAACAAGGACACUUAACAAUUACAAUUUCAGGAAAUUAGUGUCCGGAGUAUACAAAAAAUAUGCAUCUUCUGGGCCAUGUUACAUCAGAGCAUUGUGGAUGGCUGUGUUUCCCUUCACGUUUUUGCUUUUCUCUCACUUCUGAGCUAGAGUAUGUCUCAGAAAACAUAAUCAGUGUUCUAGCUGAACAGGAAACUUGUAGCAGUCAAUCACACCAUGUUGCCGUUCUUCUCUUAGGAGCAGUUGCAUCUGUGUCCCAGCAGUCCUUAAAUUUCUGCUUCUGUACAUCACUUCCUCAGCACUUUUAAUUGAGCUACUGAUCCUGACAUAAGUUGUUAACUUGUUCUUUCACCUUUUAGGUCAAAAGCAGGGACCACAACAAAAAUAUACUUUCCAUAAACAGUGGAAAAGAACAGAAAUUGCCUGCUUUCCAUGUUUGUGUGCCAUCUCAUAUAUUUAACUCAUACAAUGAUAUGGUUCAAUACACAAAACUUUAGCUGAACAUCACUUACAUGCAAAAGCAAACCUGGUUAUGCAUGUAAUAAAGACCUUUUUUGGUGAACAUUGUAUGAAAUGUUACUAAAAUCUGGUAUCUCAGAUUCUGAAUUGUAUAUAAGUUCUAAGCUUACCUGAAUGCAGUUUAGAAGAAAAGGCAAUGGCUGACUACAUUUAAAUGCUUUACCGUGGGAAACCAUUAUUUCUAGGUAAGACGUUAAUAUACUGCCAGUAGAAGCAGCUGUUGUUUCCAUGGUGAUAUAGAGUCUCUACAAUAGCUACACACUGUACAGGCCUUAACAAUAGAAAUGUGAUACAGAAUCAGUCAUCUGAUGUUUUCAUUUCAAAAGUUAAAAGUUCUUUACACAUAAUAAAUGUGUUUUGUUUCUAUUUAA